UCAUCUCAAGCAGACCUGUUCUGGGUGUAUUUCUUCUUCUUCAGUACUAAACGAAUCGCUAUCAGGGUUCUCGUGCCCACCGGAGGCCCCCAGCAAACAGAAACUUUUCUCUGACUCCGAACGUCAAACUCCUCCCUAUCAGCGGUCGCAGACGGCGAGCGGAGCCACGGAGCUGUAGUAGCGAGCGGCCAGCAGCAGGCGAGUGGGUGACACCGUCAACGAUCACGCGGAAGAGAACACGCUUACCACAGAAACACGGCAAGACAGGGGUGUCCGCUCCGCACAACACAUUCAUGGCGCUGUGUAACGGGGAUAGCAAGCUGGAUAUCGUUGGAGAGCCUAAAGAUGGUUUAUGUUCCUACGAGGGUGCCGUGGUGAUCCUAGAUGCAGGAGCGCAGUACGGGAAAGUGAUCGACAGGCGGGUACGAGAGCUGUUUGUACAGUCUGAGAUUCUGCCUUUGGAGACGCCAGCCUUCGCCAUCAGAGAGCAGGGUUUCAGGGCCAUUAUUAUAUCCGGAGGGCCAAACUCUGUCUACGCUGAAGAUGCACCCUGGUUUGAUCCAGCCAUAUUCACCAUCGGAAAACCAGUUCUGGGAAUCUGCUAUGGAAUGCAGAUGAUGAAUAAAGUUUUUGGAGGCACGGUGCACAGGAAGAGUGUGAGGGAGGACGGUGUUUUCAACAUCGCUUUGGACAAUUCCUGCUCGCUCUUCAGGGGGCUGCAAAAGGAUGAGCAUGUUCUGCUGACACACGGAGACAGCGUCGAUAAAGUAGCAGAUGGAUUCAAAGUUGUCGCGCAGUCAGGAAACAUCGUUGCCGCCAUCGCUAACGAGCAGAAGAAACUUUACGGCACUCAGUUUCAUCCAGAGGUGGACCUGACUGAGAGGGGGAUGGACAUGCUACGCAACUUCCUGUUUGAGAUUGCGGGCUGUAGCAGUAACUUUACGGUGCAGAACCGUCAGCUGAACUGCAUCCGAGAGAUCCGAGAGAAGGUGGACAAAUCCAAAGUUCUGGUGUUACUGAGUGGUGGUGUAGAUUCCACUGUGUGCACAGCCCUGCUGAAUAAAGCCCUAAAUCAGGAGCAAGUGAUCGCUGUUCACAUCGAUAACGGCUUCAUGAGAAAGAGAGAGAGUCAGAGCGUUGAGGAGGCACUGACUAAACUCGGCAUCAAACUCAAAGUGGUAAACGCAGCACACACAUUUUACAACGGCACAACGACCCUUCCGAUAUCAGAGGAGGAUCGCACACCCAGGAAACGCAUCAGCAAAACGCUCAACAUGACCACCAAUCCAGAAGAGAAACGGAAAAUCAUCGGGGACACGUUUGUAAAAGUCGCUAACGAGGUAAUCGGAGAGAUGAAUCUGAAGCCGGAGGAUGUGUUCUUGGCGCAAGGCACGCUCAGGCCAGACCUUAUUGAGAGCGCGUCUCACCUGGCUAGCGGGAAGGCUGAAGUUAUCAAAACUCACCACAACGACACAGAGCUCAUCCGCAAACUCAGAGAUGAGGGUAAAGUAAUUGAACCCUUGAAGGAUUUCCAUAAGGAUGAAGUGAGAGCACUAGGUCGAGAGCUCGGGCUCCCUGAAGAAAUCGUCUCCCGACACCCCUUCCCUGGUCCAGGCCUUGCCAUUAGAGUGAUCUGCGCGGAUGAGCCUUACGUCUGUAAAGAUUUCGCAGAGACCAACAACAUCCUAAAAAUCAUCACAGACUUCUCUGCCAGCGUCAAAAAGCCUCACACCCUUCUUCAGAGAGUGAAGUCAUGCAUAUCGGAUGAGGAGGAAGAGAAACUCAUGCAGAUCACCAGCCUUCAUUCACUAAAUGCCUUUCUGCUGCCAAUUAAAACUGUCGGUGUUCAGGGUGACUCCCGGUCAUACAGUUACGUUUGUGGGGUGAGCAGUAAAGAGGCCCCUCACUGGGAUUCGCUGAUGUUCCUGGCCAGACUCAUCCCUCGGAUCUGUCACUCCAUCAACAGAGUUGUUUACGUUUUCGGGUCACACGUAAAGGAGCCUCCCACUGACAUCACGCCCACCUUCCUGACCACUGGUGUACUCAGCACGCUAAGACAGGCAGACUUUGUAGCGCACUCCAUUUUAAGAGAGUCCGGCUACUCAAGUAAGAUCAGCCAGAUGCCAGUCAUCCUCACCCCUCUGCACUUUGAUCGUGACCCGCUGCAGAAGCAGCCGUCCUGCAGAAGGUCCGUCGUCAUCAGAACCUUCAUCACCAGCGACUUCAUGACCGGCAUCGCUGCUACUCCAGACAACCAAAUCCCUGAAGAGGUGGUUCUCAAGAUGGUCAACGAGAUCAAGAAAAUCCCAGGCAUCUCCAGAGUGAUGUACGACCUGACGUCCAAGCCACCAGGAACCACCGAGUGGGAGUAGAACCGUGGACUUUUGUACCUUCUGAUUUAUCCUUGUCGACUCCUCUUCUACCUCCCCCUUUCCCAGUACUGCUACAUUCCCCCCCCACCCCCAAUCUCUUUUUUUUUUUUUUUUUCCCUCCACUCCUGCGAUCCCCUUUAGGCACGCCGCCCUGUCAUUGUCCCACUGAGACCGGAACAUUCCCUACAAUGGCAGGUUGUACUGUGAUUGGCGCUUAACUGACGCUACUUCAGUUACGCCUCAUUAUCUGGGGUCGGGUUGUAAUAUUGGUAUUAAGUGUUGUUAUCAUCACUCAUCACUGAUGAUAAUAAUAAUGAUGCAUUGAUUUAGGUUUUUUUUUUUUUAUCAUCAGCUCUGUGUUUGUGACUCCAUACUUUCUGUUGUAGCCACUGAAGGUCAAAGAUCAAUUUAGGGCAGUUGACUGUCCUUGUGCAGCAUGACACGAAGAAAGCCGUUUUUUUUCUUCUUUUUUUUUUAAGCAAAUCCACUCAUUUAAGGAUUACGUUCCAAGUGUUGCUGCUUCCUGCCUUUUAAGAUAAACUUGUCUUCAUUGCAGUGUUGAUUUCAGUUUGGAUUUCUUGACUGAACUCUUCUACAGAAGUGGAAGGUAAAGACUAGCAGUAGUAGCUCCUUAUACGUGACCAAUCGAUGUUUAUUUGCCAAAUACAGAUGAGAUCAGACAGUUUGCUAAAUGCCGCUUUUACGCUGUGGACGGGUUGGUUUAUCACAGAGGUUUUGCUGUGAAGGAGGCUCCUAAAAUGGAGGCCUCCUGAAAUUUGUGCCUGUUUUCUUUUUCUUUUCCUUUUCGUUUUUCAGGGAUGUGACUUUAUUUUAUGCUGCAUCGUUUUCUUCUGUCUUUUCGAGAAAUGGAUUACUGACGUUCGAAUAGUGAGAAGUGAGAAAAUGUGUAAUUGUUGAUGUUUGCAUUUUACAUCACCAUUAUAGUUGAGUUGAGUGCCUGGGCUGGUCUUACAAGCGCGUAAGAUCAACAGUGUACUUAUUUUCACCAAUAAAGGCCUUGUUGUUGUUUUUUUUUUUUUUUUUUUUUUGUGCUAGGUAGAGCAAUAGUGUUUCCAAAGGCAAAAGAAAAGGAGAUUUACAGAGGGAGGAAGAAUAGGUGAUUGACAGGACACAAAGUACGCCAAGUCUUUUUGAGCCAAGUUGGGCUUAACUGAAUUUGGACCAUGAGUUACUGUCAACAUUUAAGUCAGUCCUCCUUGUGUGUGUGCGCGUGUGCGUGUGUGGCCUCAUUAUUAUUAAUAUUCCACUCCUUUAAGAGAAGCGUGUUCUUAUGUAUAGAGAGAGGGGGCUUUGAUUGGGCUCAAAUGGAGAUCUGUGUCCAGCCCUCUGUCUAAUUUAUGAUGUAGAGAAUUGUUGUGAUAUGAAUAACAUGCUUGGUAUUUAUUGUCAAAGAUUUCAUUUCAAACCUUUCUGUUGUCACAAUAGCAAAAAAAAACUCAAUGCAAGAUAAACUUCCUUGUCUUAAUUGCAAAUCUUGUUCUUAAUGUCUUUUCCUCAGUGUCUCCUUUAACGUGUAUAUUUUACUUGUCUAUUAAAAAUACAACUAACACGUUUAAAUUUCUAGUGGGUAAACUGCAAUAUUAUACGAUAUUCAGUUUAAUUUAUGCAAUUCUAUGUUGAUCCCCCAACCCCACCCCACCCCCUCUUUUUUUUUCUUUUCUCUUUUUUUUUUGUCUAAACCUGAACAAUGCUGUUUUACCUUAGUAUUGUGCCUCAGACCAAGCCACCGCAUGCAGUUUGAAACUGAUAUUUGUAUAAUGCAAACUGAGCUUUAAUAAAGAACUCUGUGUUCAGAUUUCUCUCA